AUGGGAAAGGUGUUCUUCACAAAUAGUGGUUCAGAAGCAAAUGAGUCCCAGAUUGCUGCUUUCAUUGCUGAACCUGUAAUGGGUGCUGGUGGUGUUAUCCUUCCUCCAAAGACCUAUUUUGAGAAGAUUCAAGCAGUUCUGAAGAAGUAUGACAUCUUGUUAAUUGCGGAUGAGGUCAUUACUCCAUUUGGAAGACUAGGGACAAUGUUUGGAUGUGAUAUGUAUAACAUUAAACCAGAUCUUGUCUCCAUAGCUAAGAUACGUGGUCUGGGACUUAUACUUGGAACUGAGUUUGUUGACAACAAAUCUCCAAAUGAUCCAUUCCCAGCUGAAUGGGGUGUUGGUUCGAUCUUUGGUGCUGAGUGUGAGAAACAUGGGAUGCUCAUCAGGGUGGCUGGCGACAGCAUCAUGCUGUCACCCCCACUGAUCAUGACUCCCAAUGAAGUUGAAGAAAUCAUAAGCAAAUUUGGUGAUGCCCUGAAGGCCACAGAGGAAAGGAUUGGAGAACUGAAAUCCAGGAAGAAUUAG